UUUUUGUUUUCUUGGUAAAAUUGAAUGGAAACAAACUGGUUAAAACCUUGCUGCGCGUAAAUGUAUGACAAUGUAAUUGAAUGUUGGUAAAAUGAUUAUGUUGAUGGCCAACUGAAAGGUGCUCUGAAUAAAAGACAAAGUCCAGUAAAAUUGAAUCAAUAUAUGAGCGCAAAAAACAUUAAACAUGUUAGGUUUUCAUGGGAGUGUCAAAACUAUUGUAGCUCGUGACUCCUAAGGGCUAAAAAAUGCUUAAUUAAGUGCAGCUAGCAUGCUAAUGUUAGCAUGUAGCGUUCGCUAAUGGUUAUUGUUUUUGGUUAUUAAAUUAUUCUUGGUCUGACUCACUUUUCCAAAACCAUGUACAGUACCUAUAUUGGGCUAUGAAAGUCCUGUUUAAAGAAAUAUUUUAAAGCAGUUUGGGGGAUCUUUUACCCCUCACCUCUCUGUCCUGUGUUUUUUUUUUUUCUUCUAAUCUGACGCUCCGCCUGUUUACUGCUUGUCACAGGAAGGAAACGUCUCCACCAAGAUGCCCAUCGCUAUUUGCAGUGACUGGCCACUGUCAUUGCCUUUAGUCUUAUAUCAGCACUCCAAAAUAAUUCAACACGUGAGACUGAAAAAAAAACCCCUCCAAACUCAAAUAGGAUUAUUCUAAAUAUUUCACUUUUUGUUUGUGCGAAAGAUCCCGAAGAGUGGGGCGGCGGAAUGAACAUCAUCCUCAUCUCUUCAAUGCUAGGUGUGGCAGCAUUUGUAUUCCUUGUUGCAGCUUCUAAAGAGGAGUUGAAAGUCAGCGUGACCGUGUGGCCUCUGGGCACGAAGAUCUUCCUCGGGGAAUGUGUGUUGCUGCGGUGCACGGUGGAGUCCAACUCCACUUUGACGUGGAGCUACAGCUGGUUCCGGAAUGAGCCUCGUGCCACCCAGGUGGGCAAGAACCCCCGACACCUACUCUCUGGGGGCAGCUACUCAAUCACUGCUGUGAUGAAGGAAGAUGCUGGCAGGUAUUGGUGCCAGGCCGAGUGCUGUGACAGUAACACCACCGUGGCGCUGCUAAGCAAGCCAGUCACACUGAGUGUUUCAGGGCUACCCCCACCCUCACUGAUUCUGACCCCCAGCACCAGGCACGUGUUCGAAGGGGAGACCUUUACUUUGCAGUGCCCUGAAACUCUGACGAACUCAUCUGCUUGGGUCCUGAGGCAAACUUCUGCCAGCCACUUAAUAAGGACCGCGGACUCCAAGACGUGUGCAUGCUCAUCACCAGGCGGUGGUGUCAUUCCAGGCGGUUCUAGCACCUGUGUCGUCUCUGCUACCAGAGGGGGCAGUGGGCUGUACUGGUGCGAAGGUGCUGAAGGUCGCAGCAACGCGGUCAACAUCACCGUCACCUCUGGUCCGGUUAUCAUGAGGACCCCCGCCUUGUCCGUACCGCGUGGGGGGAAUGUGGUCUUAGAAUGUCGUUACCGGAAAGGCAACCACCUAAAGACGACCUUUUUCAGGAAUGGCAUCAAAUUGUCCCCCGACAGUUCUCCCGGUCAAGGCACAGAAAUAAAAAUAACCAUUGUGAACGUGAGUGAGGCGCACGAAGGCUUUUACAAGUGUGCGUCGCAGGACGGAAAGCUGGAGAGUCCACAAAGCUGGUUAUCAGUAAGAAGCAACCUAUCGUCUGCGGAUGUGUCAGCUGGCUCCACUUCUGGUUCCUGGAUUUGGGUCGUCGUUUCGUGCAUUCUUAUGAUCUUCAUCCUGCUUGCUAUCUUGCUAAUUCUACAUUUCAGGUACAAGAUGCUUUACACGUGCAACCGUUGGAGGGUUUCUUGUGUGGAAACUCCCGCAGCUGUUCUUCCUGCCACCAAGCAAGACGUGACAGAGGUACAGUGGGAUUUGUCCUGGAUGGAGAUGUCCAACCUGCUGUAGCCGGGCAAAUGAAGGUUCCCACUCACUUCUGUCAUGGGCAUCCAUCCAUCCAGGUCAUUGUUGCAUAGCACAGUACAAUCCAGUGUGUUAUAGUAUAAUGAAUUAUACUGUGGCAACUGUCUUUGAUUCCACUUCACUUUUGUUUCCACACGUAACC